AUGAGGAUACUUCCCUUGAUGUUUCUUUUGGCGUGUCUGACGUGGCAAGCUUCUGCGCGCGCUCAGGACGAGAACGAAGCGCGGGCGGCGCCUGCUCGUGGUCUGCUUAAACGUGGCUUAUUGACUAAGGGCAAAGCAACCACCACUACCACCACACCGGCGCCACAGGAGGAAGUGGAGUAUGAAGAUGAUGCGGAAUAUCCAGAAGAAGAACCUCAGGAUCCGUCCACAGAGGCGCCAACCUCCUCUACAGAGGGCAAGAAACUAGUCGCGGGCGGUGUGCGCCCCUUCCGAAGUAACACAGAGUUGCUGGCAGCACUAAAAAGGAGACGAGCUCAGGCAGCUGAAGCUAAAUUAAACGGACAAGCGUCAUCCGCUGUUUCUCAAUCUCAAGAUUCUCCUGCAGAGGCUUCAAAAUCUAGUUACAGUAAAAAACGCUUCAACACAGCUACACGCGAGACUAAUGUUGAAGAAGCGCCAGUGGCAGCCAAGUCCAACAGAGGACGGUUUGGUAAACCGUCAUCGAAAUCAUUCCAAGAAGCUGAGCCAGAAGAGCAGAAUGAUGCCGCCCCUCCCGCGAGAACCGGUAGGACGUUCUCCAGGCGGGGAGGGAACUGA